UGACACCCUUGGUACUUGGAAAAAACACUGCUAAGGAUGGUUUCCUAGUCUUAGUUGUGAGACUGCUGCAGACGAGAAAGAUAACUGAGACCAAAACGAAGGCAGUGAAAGCAAACAAGUCAUGGAUACAAAGAUUUGGUGAACUUCUUGGGGUUUCCAAUGCUUACACGGAGCAGUUUGGCGAGCCUGGUCUGUGGAUGGGGAACCAUUCCCAGUAGGACUGCAUGAGGAGGCGAUGAUGAAGAGUAACAGCAAUCACAGUCAUCCCAAAACCCAUCACACGCCGCACGGGAAAACAUGUAGAAACUGGCAGUCUCUUUUGCUAUUCCGAUUCUCCUUGAGAAACUAUGGUUUCUGCAUGGGCACGCUUCUUAUCUUCUCUUUGGGCUCUCUUUUCUACCAGUUGAAUGGCGGCCCCCCAAACUUUCUGGUGGCACUUCGGCAGUAUCUGGGAAAUUCUACUUAUCUUGAUGACCAUGGAGGACUGUCUCCUAAAGCUUUGCCAUUCCCAAGUCAAGUAGUUUACAAUCGAGUUGGAAAGUGUGGAAGUCGUACUAUUGUCCUGCUCUUGAGGAUGCUUUCAGAGAGACACGGGUUUAAUUUCGCAGCUUCAGAUAUCCACAACAAAACCAGAUUAACAAAAUAUGAACAGGAAACUUUGAUUAGAAAUAUCAGCACAACAGAACAACCAUAUCUCUUCACACGACAUGUUCACUUCCUAAACUUCUCAAGGUUUGGACUGGAACAGCCUACUUAUAUCAACAUGAUUAGAGAUCCUGUCAACCGAUUUCUAUCCAACUAUUUCUUUCGACGAUUUGGGGACUGGAGAAGUGAGCAAAAUCACAUGGUCCGUACUCCAGGCAUGAAAGAUGAAGAAAGAUAUCUUGACAUUAAUGAGUGUAUCCUUGAAAACUACCCUGAAUGUUCUAAUCCCAGGCUGUUCUAUAUCAUCCCCUAUUUCUGCGGGCAGCAUCCUAAGUGCAGGGAACCAGGGGAGUGGGCACUUGAAAGAGCUAAGCAGAACUUGAAUGAAUACUUCCUUCUUGUUGGAAUCCUGGAGGAGUUGGAGGAUGUACUGCUGUUACUCGAACGACUCUUACCUCAUUAUUUCACAGGGGCAUUUGACAUCUAUAAAAGUCCAGACUACCGAAAACAGGGAAACUUAACUGGGACUGUAAAGAAACAGAUUCCUUCUCCUGAAGCGGUUGAGGUCCUUUAUCAGCGAAUGAAAUAUGAGUAUGACUUUUACUAUCAUGUCAGGGACCAGUUUCACUUGUUUAAAAGGAAGCUUGGCCUAAAGUCUCAAAUUGUAGCUUCUCCAAGGCCAGAAUUUCUGGUGUCCUCUCAUGCUGAGACAGAAGAGCCCACCAUAGAGGAAGAGGACAAUGAUGAGAACUGGCUGGAAGAUUUCAAUACAAGGUGAUGGACGGCACCUCAGGCUAAGGACAUCUGAGCAGACUUAAACUAAUUUAAAAAAGUGAGACUUAAUUAAUGCUUAUUGGCAUUAAAUAAACAUUCCCACAUGUUGGGGUACAUGGGAGAUACUCGGUUUUGCGGGUUUUUAAAUAGUCCCCCUUUACUGCAUAACAUCAUUUCUAGGAUGUGACAAACAAGAAAUCUUUGCAUGGGACACUAUAAAGGUCACAUUUACUCCUUCCUGCAGCAUCUGGUCUCUGCAGGAUUCAGUGUAAUUCCUGUAUGUCUCAUAUCCUCUUUUUCUCUCUCGGUUAUGGGUCUUGGGUUGUUCAUAGUUAUAAAACACAUCAAAGGUUUUAAAAAUGUAUUACCUAAAAUGUGAUGUUACUGUGUGCAAAUCCUGCAACAAGGAGCUGGACUAAGGGACAAAGGUUGCAGUAAUCAGUUUGAUUUAUAAAAAGGAAGGCACACUGGUGCCACAGUUAGUGUUACUGCCUGAUAUUGAUUGGGUCUUCAGUUCAGUUUCUGAUGCAGUGCUCUCUUUGCAGAGUUGUGUCUCCAUUUGUCCAUAUGGCUUUUGCAAAGUGUUGUGAUUUCCUCCUACAUCUGCAAAUUACCAGAGGUGUGCAUGCAAUGGAUGAGUUAAUGUGUAUGAGUGAGUGUAUGUGUGCGUCUGUGUGUCUGACCCACAGUACACUGCUGUCCUGUCUGAUAUAUAAGUGUGUGUGUGUGUGUG